AGAAAAGGGGAGAGUUAACAAUUCAUACCCAUGUAUGGAACAAGCACAACCUUCUUUGGAUCCUGUUCAGCAGAGCCUGUGGGCCUCAGAUCAGGAACUUUAUCUGGCUAGUAAUCUAUAGGCACGCUGGCUUGCGAGUUGGUGUGAGGAAAGCCGGAUGCUAAGUGCUUAGUUCUGAUAGAAGGAAGCAUCUCUAUAUGCACGUGAGGAGUUAUUAAAUAUAUGCACACAUUGACUGUGUAUGAGAUAUCAUGGCAGGGUUCUACAGUUGUCUGAACAUUAACAGGUGUGGUCGGUGGUCUGUGAGAUCUCAUUCAGGAUACCGAAAUAGAGACUGUGUCAUGGCGACUGGAUCGGUGUAUGAGAUAGAGCCAUUUGAGGUUGAAGAGACAGAGGAAGAAUGUUCAAAGAAGAAGAAAUCAAAGUUUCAGACUUUUAAGGACUUCUUCUCCAAGAAGAAGAAAAACAAGGAGCAGCCGUCCUCCCUGGGAGAAAUAAAGCUGAAGCCAAGUCAAUCCAGUAGUGAUGUCAGGAUCCGAAACCUUGAUUCCUGCAUACUCCAUUUGCCAAUAGAGCCUGGAUCCAAAGGGAACAUGGGGAACAAAGCCUUAUCUCAUGACAGUGUUUUCACAGCGUCCUCGCAAGAAAACCUCCCAGGGAAGGUGAAAGCUUUGCAGCUUCGGUUACAGCAGAACCUCAUGUUUGGAUCGCCACCGCUUGUUAUCCCCAGCAAGAGAAUGGAAGAGGUGGGUGCCAUUUCGGAAGACGAUGGCUUACCCAGAAGUCCUAUGGAACUCUCCACCCUCCAUGAUGUUCUGAUUUGUUCUGUGAGCGAGUCCUCAAUCCCCGCCCAGCGCUAUAACUCUUUGAGUUUAGGUGGCACAGACAGUGAAGAUGACCAGGUCACCUCAGAAUCUGCCUCCAGACCCCUUAGCCCACAAUCCUCUGCAGUUGUUGGGAGUCCUACCUUGCCAUGCUGCCACUUGCUUCCUGUCGAUUUCAGCAGUCCACCCACUCCACUGGGCUGCCUCAACACCUCUGCAGCCAAGCACAAGAUUGCAAUAAACCCGCGAAAACAGAAAGCCUUCAUUCACAAAAACCAAGUUAUUUCAGUAGAAGAGGUGGCAAAACAGCAAGGCCUUCUCAAACCCAUAGAAGGAAAAUCAGGCCAUGAAAAAUUACUUGAAGAAGAUGGUAGAAAAGAGGGGGGCUGGCCAGGCCUAUCAAUCCAGAAUACCAGUAACUUAAAUGGGAGUCAGACUAAUGAUGCAUUAUCCAUGACAAGGGCCUCUGAUGCGUUGCAUUAUUCUUGGAAUACUGGCCCUGGUGCUGAGGAGAAUUGCAGAUUAGAAUCUGAGAACCAGAACCGUCUGGAAACAGAUCUCCAGGCUUCUGUAACAGUGUCCUGUCCAAAUGCACAGUCCUCUCAAACAAAGCACAAAGAAGAAGAGAUGGAGGAGGAAGGGGUGAAAACAACUGGGCAACCAACUGAUAACCUCACAUCAAACUCACAGAGCUCCGUGAAAGAGAUCAUUGAGAAUGUUGAACCUUUGCAGCCUGAAACAGAAGAUAUUAGAUGCUUAGAUGUUGCCUUGCCUGGGAAUAGCAUGGCUAAGGACCUUGAUGCAGCAGAAGAGUGUCACAACGUACCUUGCCUACAACCUGUAGAUCAAAAAGCAAAAGACUCUAGUGAUGGCAGUGAUGCAAUACAUAUUUAUAAAGCAGAAGAUGGACUUGGUGACGGGGACAGCUUGGUCACGCUUCAGGCAGCCCCUGCACUACACAGUCCACAGUUUUCUGCAUCCACUAUGGAGGCUCCCUCAGAAGCAGAGAAGGCCGUAGCCUCGGCCCUUGAAAAACACCAGACACCCAAAGAAGUUACAGGAGGACAGUCUGCAGAUAUGGAAAGUCAACUGUGCAAAGGCCACACAAAGCAAACAGCCUUUCCGCAGGGAGGACCAGCCAUUUCAGAUGCCCAAGUAGAUGAGCUUCCGCUUCAGAGUGCCAUGAGUGAGAAACCUUUCCACCCAAAUGAACCACAUUGUUCUGAUUUGAACAGCAGCCGAGGCGGGCAAGAGGAUGCCACCUUUAGAAACCUGAGCAACCCUUCUCUGGUAGGUCUGGCCUCUGCAGGAUCCCCCAAGGUUGCUCCUAAAAGCAGCAGUUCUGGUGACAAGGCUGGAGACUUACCAGGAAGUGUGAAAAUGGAAGAAAGCAAAGGUCCAGAUGAGAUUGCCAAGGCCCACCCAAAGUCCACUUCUGCUAAGCCUGCCAGGUUCACCAUUGCAUCAGCCUGGCAGAGGUCUCUUUCGGGGGGUUCAAGUUCCAUGGAUAGUUCCUGCCCUGGAAGCACCCCAUCUUCACCCAUAAGACCAGAGUUGUUUGAAGGAAUGCCCCAGUUAGAUGCAGCCGCAGAGGGAUAUAUAGUAAGGAGCCCAGAGUGUCUUGACAAGGGCAAUGGGACUGUUGGCGCCAACUUAAAUUCUGCAAAUGAAUGGCCAAAAGAAGAGACGCUUGACCGUGAGAGCCCAUUUGGGGUUAAGCUGAGGAGAACACCCUCUCUAUUGAAAUACCGAACCCAGCAGAAGCAUCACGAGCCUGCAAAUCAGCUGACAUCUGUGGUUCCAGGAACCUCUUCCACCUUGGUCAAAGAAGAUCUGAUGCCACCGAGUUCUGGGAAGCCUCCCCAAAAUCUGACUGGUGGCACUAAAGCUUCGGUUCCAAAACCCACCUUCCAAAAGGAGAACCACCCAAUCAAAGCCAGCAAACCUGACGAAGAUGAAGCCAAGCAGCAGAUAGGUAAGCUCUCAGGGCAAACCCCGGCUGCACACCUGGAAAGCACGUCCUCUGAACCAGCAUGGAUUCUGAUGGCAAAACUAAAGCAGAAAGGCUUCCAGGGUCACCCUCUUGCGAAAGGACAGAAAUGGGAGGAUAAAACCUCUGCCAAAACGGAACAAGGAGGGGAGAAGCAUAGCAGGGUUUCUCAGCAGGAAAAGGCAAUGACAAGCGAAGGGACACGGCUGCACCAUCCACAGGCCUUGGUAGGUGGAGCAAGGAAUGGGCAGCAGUGCCUCGGAGAGCAAGAGAGGAGCCAAAGAGGUGUCCAAAGAAACACCUCUGCAGAACCUAGAACCAGCAUUGUUUCCCAUCAUCUACUACUCAAGUACCCUUUCAGCUUUGGCUACCAGGAAUUAAACUGA